AUGGGUGCUUGGACUGACGAACAGCUAAUCGGAGUUGCACGGUGCAAGAUGGUAGGGACGGCCUACAGUUUCGCUUGGCACGAGGAGAGCACGCAGAAGGUUAAGAAGUUCGCGGAAUUCAAAAAGCCAGCGGUUGCGCGUUUCGACACCGAACCGCACCAUGUAGAGCUUGAUAUAUUUCAUGGCGAUAGGCAGAACAGCAAUGAGGACGUACGCGCCUUCGCAACGCGAGUGAGAAAGUUAGGCAACGACGCCCUUAGUGCGUACGGGGGAGAAACUUGCGGGGAACAAGAGCUUGCUAAGGAACUUUUGAAAAAGCAGCUACGAACGCAAUUCCUGGACGGCCUGCGUGACCCGGUCCGACGUUUCGUGUUAUCGCACGACCCGAAGACAUUCGAAGACGCGAUAGACGUGGCCACGAGGGAAGAAAGAAACGACCGUCUUGUAAAUGACCAGGUGGCGGUACGCACGGUAGACGUUGAGGACAAGGAGAAAGCCGAUAUGCGGAAACGACUGCAACGCUUGGAAGAAUUGCUGGCUAGGACGUUGACGUUAGCAGAACAGCGUGAGGAACGCGACCGCGCUAGGGUUGCGGGGCGGAGACGAGAGUCCCAAGCAAAUUGUUUUAGCUGCGGACAGCGAGGCCACUUUGCGCGAAAUUGUCCGUCCUGCGGGAACGGAGGAACCGAUAAUAGUCGAGGGCGUACGGACCCUGUAGGCGAACGACAGGGACGCGGAAACAGCGGAGGCCAGACGGAUCAGGGAAACUAA